AUGGCGAUGUGGUCUUAUACAUUGACUGCCGGCGGGCAGCCGAUAGCCGAAGGUGCCUCUAUCGAUGGAGCUGUGUUGUCGAAUUGUAGCCAGCAAUAUGUGGUGCUGGUAGAUGAGACAAUGUACUGGAUCCCCUUCUUUUUGGAAGCCAAUGAACCGAUCAACCCUACAUUCGAUCUGCCAGGCGAGAUGGUGGUAGUGUCCAUCUGGCAAGAUAGUACGAUCUAUUUCCUUGAUGAAAUUGUCGAACAAUCGCCGACAGCUUAUGGAGUCAGAUUCAACUCGUUGCCACCGGGGCAGUACCUAGUGAGACCGUCGGCCGACCUACCGACAGGCUAUUGUCAGCUCUCGAUGAGG